GCUUUGACUGUGACCACCGAGGGCCCUGUCUAGCGGGUCCCUGGUGUCUGCACCAUCUGUAUCGAUGUGUCUCUAUUCGCUACUGCUUCACUUGUGGACGUCUGGGACUGAAGCAACACUGAUUGGGAUUUUUUUUAAAAAGAAAAUCCUUUUGAUUUUUAUUUUCAGUUCAGCAACAUCUGGCUGGUAUUCCUAAGCACACAGAAGGAGCAACUGACUUAGCAGGAAAUGGCAGAAAUGGAGGCUUCAGCGGGUGUGAUGCCACACUCAGUUGACUGUGAUCUGUUUAAAGAACCCAUGAAGAAGAGACGCAGGUCACAUCGAGACCAGCAAUUCCAAGCAUUUCCCUCUGCGGAGCAAAGUGCUCUUAAGGAAUAUGAAAAACUGGAGUCUCGGACCAGGAGGAUUUUGAGCAACACUUAUCAGAAAAUGAUUCAGUCUGUCUUCCUGGAGGAGAGCAUUCCCAGUGGACUUAAGUAUCUCAUAAACCGGCUUCUCGCCUUGAUUGAGAAACCGCCGCUGGAGCCGAUCUACGUAGGGUUCCUGGGAAGCACGGGAGCCGGCAAGAGCUCUCUGAUCAAUGCCCUCAUCCAGCAAGCGAUGUUUCUGCCCGUGUCUGGAGAAAGCAUUUGCACGUCAUGCAUCGUCCAAGUGAGCUCUGGCUGCUGUGAACAGUAUGAGGCCAAAAUCCACCUUCUGUCUGAUCAGGAGUGGAAGGCGGAGCUGAAGGACCUGACUAUGCUCCUGCACAGGGCGGACGGGCCCAGGGAAGAAGACGCAGAUAUGUGGGCCAGGGACGACGCAGCAGAAGAAGCAGCCCAGAAGCUACAGAUGCUGUACGGCCGUGGGGCAGAACGGAGGCCCUAUGAGGAUUUGCUAAGGACGAAGCCCAGAGCAAGGAUUCCCACCUGCAGAACCAUCACUCUUAAGGCAGAGGAGGCAGGAGAGCUAUCUGUCAAGCUGGACCCUUACAUCCGGACUCAGAGGAGCGACUGGGAUGGAGGAUCAGCUGAAACACAAAUCUGGCCCUUGAUCAAAUACGUGGAAGUGAUUCUUCCCAAAUCUGCACUGAUUCCGGAAGGGGUUGUCCUGGUGGACAUUCCAGGCACAGGCGACUUCAACAGCAAGAGGGAUGAGAUGUGGAAAAAGACCGUUGAUAAGUGUUCUGUGAUCUGGGUGAUCAGUGAUGUAGAGCGAGUUUCCGGAGGAAAGGCCCACGAGGACCUUCUGAACGAGAGCAUCAAAGCCUGCCAGCGUGGCUUCUGCAGGGACAUUGCCCUGGUGGUCACCAAGACCGACAAACUCCACUUGCGGGAGUAUCUCAGGGAAAGAAAGAUGGAAAAUCAAGCUAUUCAAGAUCAGAGAGAGGCUGUUUUGCAAAGAAAUGAAAUAAUCAAACUACAAAGGACUAGAAUUCUCAAGGAGAAAUUGAAGAGAAAACUGCCAGCUGACUCCAAGGUUCUGGAAGCCUCAGAUCUGGUGUACACAGUCAGCGCUCACGAGUACUGGCAGCAGGCCUUCCUUACUGAGGACGAAAGUGAGGUUCCCAAGUUAAGAGAAUAUAUUAGAAAAAGGCUCUUGGACAAGAAGAGGAGGCUGGUAACCAAGUACGUCAAUGAAGCCUUUGGUUUGUUGCUCCUCACUGACACUUUCAACCCGGAGGAAAGCCUGCUGACUGAACACUUGAACAUGGGUGGCCUGCGGCAGUUUGUGGAGGAGAAGAUGGAGCUGCUGGAGAAGGCUAUUGAGCAGUGCUUUGCUUGUAUGGAGCAGCCCCUGCAGGCAGGAGUCCAGGUGGCCAGGGCUUCCUACCGCCGUAUCCUCGGGACAUGCCUGGUGAGAAGCAGAGGAAACCAAGGUUUUCACCAGACCCUGAAAGCUGUUUGCCUCAAAAAUGGUGUCUAUGCCUCCAGGACUCUGGCCAGAAUCGACCUCAACGGAGCCCUCUCUCAGCCUAUCUAUGACCAGAUCGACCCUGUGUUUGGAGGCAUUUUUAGGGAUGGGAAGCCGACUGGCCCUGCUCUGAUGGUGCACAUAGAUGCUUUCAAGCAUUCCCUAGAAGAGAGGAUGGCAGAAAUCGGGAUAAGAAAUGGCUGGAAAUGCGAUGGCUACAAGAGAGGCCUCCUAAUCCAGGAGAUAAGUGCCAUCCUGGGAGGCCUGGAGGGCCACAUCCUCCGGAGGAAGAGGAAGAUCUACGAGUCUGUCACCAGCUCCAUUCAAAACGACCUGAAGCCCUGCUAUGAAGAGGCAGCUCAGAUCGCUGGCCGGAAAGCCUGUGAGAGAAUGAAAGAUGUCAUCCGAAGAGGGGUGGAGCGGCAGGUAGCUGAGGGCAUGUUUGAGAGGGCUCAAGAGAGGAUGUGGCACCAGUUUCAACAACUGAAGCAUGGAAUCACUGAGCGGGUCAAGGGAAGCAUCACGACCAUGCUGACCCUUGCUGCCCCCCAGGGAGAUGGUCUCUACAAGGAGCUUGUAGACGUCAGGAGUGAGCAGAAGGAGAUGGAGAAACUCCACAGAAGCCUGAGGGAGGUUGCCGAGAACGCGCAGCUGCGGAAGGGCAUGCAAGAUUUCCUCCUGCGAAUGUCCCCCAGCAAAGCAGGGCCCCAUGGAACAGCACUUUAGUUUGGGGGACUUAAAUCUGAAGAGAUGAAAAUAAGCCUGGAGCCAAAUAACCGGAAUUAUUAUUAUGUGUUUUUGAAACAGAAUAAAAAUCAUUUCUCACCUUU